AUGGCCCAAGUGAAGGCAGCCGGUGGUCCAGCCAGGAGCCAGGACUACAGCCAACUUUACUCUGACGUGGCUACGGUCAGCGCCAGCACAGGUCUUGGAGCGGGGGCGGCGGGUCAGACCUCCGCGACCGCAGGCCUGGCCAAGCGGAGCAGGGCCUACCCCUCCCCGGCCCGCAGACGGCACCGCACCACUUUCAGCCACAAACAGCUGGAGCAGCUGGAGGGGGCCUUCGGUCAGAACCAGUACCCCGACGUGUACCACAGGGAGGAACUGGCCCGGGUCACGAGACUCAACGAGGCUCGCAUUCAGGUUUGGUUCCAGAACAGAAGAGCCAAACAGCGGAAACAGGACCGCGCGACGCAGGCGGUCCUCCCAGUGGGGGCCCUGCCGGGCCACCGUGCACUGCUGGGGGGUGUGCACGUCCAACCGUCCAGCGUGACCCAGCAGUACUACCACCAGCCCCUGGCCCACAUCCCCCGCUUCCCCUCCAUGCUGCCGUCCGGGCCGUACCAGCGCCACGCGGGCCCGGUCAGCCGCUGCCCCUGUCCCAGCGUGGCCCCGCAGCCGCCCCCCCAGCGCCAGCACGACAACUGGUAUGGCCCGCUGAGGACGCCCCCCAUGUUCCCUCUGGGCUCCACGCAGCCUCUGGAGCCGGCCUCCCCCUGGAGCUAG